AACGUUGCGCACGUCUCCAGCUGCAAUUUUAACUUUCGUAUUGCGGGUGCUCUCUCUUCUGUCUUUCUCUCGCGCUCUCUUCGCUCGCUCUGUUCGGGGAUAAGACACGUGCGCUCCCGUGAAAGCCAAGAUCAAGUGGUUUGCUCUUGUUGUUGUUGAUUGCCGUUGAGUUGACGUCGGUUUUUGGGGCGUUUCGCGCGUGGCCCGCAAAUUGUUGUCUAACUUUUCGUGCGGAAUUAUGCCGCGCCAGCGUCGUCAGUCUCGAAAUCGAGAGUGUUUCCGAGUCCAAUGACCACAGUUGACGCGCGCCAAACUGGCAACUGAGAAAAACAAUAACAACAACGACAACAGCUGUAACAACGAUAAUAAAAAUCAAGAAAACCUACGCGAAUUGCAUUUGCUUCUACAUAAACCUUGACCCAAAGAAAAUCGAAAAGAUCGUAAAAACAACCAAACAAAAACUGAUAAAUAGAAAGAGAAAGAGGCGCGUGAAAAGUGUGUGUGUUUGCUAUUGUUUGUUACACAACAAAAACAAACAACAACAACGAGUUAAUUACCUUACAAUUGACCCAUUUUGUCUUGAACUUUGUCGACCAAACAUGCCGUUGAACUGUUGCCGCAGUGGAAUUGAAUCAUCUUCAACGUCAAGUUGGCGGCUUUUGCUGCUGCUCUUCACCUGCAUCGUUUUUCAUGCUGAUUUUGCCGCUGCACAAAAUCCGGCUGUUGUGGCCGCUGCUGUGGCCGCUGGCCAAAAUCAAUCGAACGUCUAUGUGACAGAAUCUUGCCUAGAGAAACCGUAUCGCUGUCCGCAUCCCAAGAUACAGUUCUAUCUCUACACACGACGCACCCAGGAGCAGCCCGAGUUCAUCGACGUGCUCGAUGCGAAUGCCUUGUACUACACACACUUUAAUCCUCGUCAUGCCACCAAGAUCAUUAUACAUGGCUUUGGUGGCGGCCGUCUGCUCAGUCCCAGUCCAGAUCUGCGGGAAGCUUACUUCGCAGUGGGCGACUACAACAUCAUCAUUGUGGACUACAGCGAUGCAGUGAAGGAGCCGUGUCUCAGCCAAAUGGAAUGGGCGCCUCGCUUUGGCAGUCUUUGCAUCUCGCAGCUGGUCAAGUAUCUCGCGCGGCAUCCACGCGGCGUUCAACCCGAUGAUCUGCACUUCAUUGGCUACAGUGUGGGUGCACACAUUGCCGGAUUGGUGGCCAACUAUCUGAAGCCCGAUGAGGGCAAGAUUGGUCGCAUCACAGCGCUGGAUCCCACCAUAUUCUUUUAUGCGGGUGCGAACAAUUCACGAGACUUGGACACCAGCGAUGCGCACUUUGUGGAUGUGAUGCACACAGGUGCUGGCAUUCUGGGUCAAUGGCAUUCCAGUGGACACGCGGAUUUCUAUGUGAAUGGAGGCACUAGACAGCCAGCUUGUGUCGGAUCAGCCACCUUGUUUCAAACGCUGGCUUGUGAUCACACUAAGGUUACGCCAUACUUUAUUGAAUCCAUAACAUCAACACGCGGCUUCUAUGCUGGUCCCUGUCCCAAUCUAUUCACCUAUUUGAUAGGCUGGUGUGAGCCCAAAGACUCGGAGUAUGUGCUGAUGGGCGAACACUGUUCUCACAAAGCACGCGGCAAUUAUUAUGUAACGACUAAUGCGAAGGCGCCCUUUGCUCGAGGAUUUCCAGGCAAGGGGCGAGCGAAUGGCGAGUAUCAAGGAGUACGACGUUAAUCGAGCGAGGAGGGAAUAUAUUUCAUAUUGUAGCACUCUUGUGAUUUUAGUAGUUUGUUUCCUAAUUAUGAUCCUGUAUUUAUUUGAAUUGUUUCUGUUAGUUUUAUUGCCGCCAUCGUCGCUGGGAGACGCUGAGAAUCAAAAUCAUUCUUCCAUGUCUCCCAGUUCCAAUUGUCCGCGCCUUGUACAAAUCUAUAUCUAAUCAUUAAGUUGUAAGCUGAAGUUUUGCUGGAUAAUAAAAGGUAGAACAAAAUAGAGA